AUGUCCGAGAAUUCCAAAAAAGAUGAUCCCAAUAUUGAUCAGAAAGUUAUUAACGAAUGCGACUCAAAUAAGAAUGUUGAUUACGACCAACUGUUGUUCUCCGCCGGCGAAUUCGGGUUAUAUCAAGUGUAUUUGUUUUUUCUCUCGGGACCUUUCUACAUAUGUGGUGCGUUCAGUUAUUUCUCGCAGCUGUUCCUAACGGAAGCAUCCUCGGACCACUGGUGUUGGAUACCUGAGCUAGAAAAUUUAACAGCACUAGAACGAAAGCAGCUUGCGAUACCGGUUGAUGUUAAUAGUCGAUUUGAACAUUCUAGAUGUUCAUCGUAUGCCGCGAACUGGAGUGAAGUGUUGAUAUAUAGUCAAAAAGCUAACCGAUCAUGGCCGAUUCAAAGCUGCCAAAAUGGAUGGGAAUUCAAUAAUACCGAAAUUCCUUAUGCGACAAUUACUAGUGAUUUGGGAUGGGUCUGCGAACAGGAUACUCAUCAAGCAACGGCGCAGUCUGUUUUCUUUGUGGGUUCAAUAUUGGGUGGUUUGAUCAUUGGUUGGAUAGCUGAUCGAUUUGGAAGACUACCAGCUGCUAUGGCCAGUAACCUGAUUGGGUGCUUGGCAGGUAUUGGAAGCGCUUUUACUAAAGGUUUCACUACGUUCACGCUAUGUCGUUUUCUGAUGGGAAUGUCAUACGACAAUUGUAUGAUGAUGACUUAUUUACUCGUACUCGAGUACGUUGCUCCAAAAUAUAGGACCAUAAUGGCGAAUUUGGCUUUUAGCAUUUUCUUCACGGCAGGUGUGUGCAUCUUGCCGUGGAUAGCUUUGCUUUGUGGAGACUGGAAGAUAACGUCGAUUGUAACAAGUUGCCUUUUUGGUUUAACAUUAUUUUCCCCAUUAGUUCUGCCGGAAAGUCCUCGUUGGUUACUAGCGAGAGGUCGAACUGAUGAUGCUGUGAAUCAAGUGAUGUCAAUAGGAAAAAUCAACAAGAAGACUGUGUCAAGGAAACUCAUCGAAGAAUUUAAGCUAUCAAUUUCGAAGUGUAGCGAGAAUAAAGAAAAAAGUACAAUGAUAGAUAUGAUGAAGAGACCAUUGCUACGAAGGGUGUUUAUUUGCAUGAGCCUCGUGUAUUUUUGCUGUUAUGUCGUGUACGACUCCUUGAUAAGAACAAUCAGUGAUCUCAAAUUCAACUUUUUCGUGUCAUUCACGAUUGUCUCCUUCACGGAAUUCCCUUCGAUUCUCUUAUUGUCGUUUGUCUUAGAUUUUAUAGGACGAAAGAAACUAACAAUACUUGCGAUGUUUUUAUGCGGAAUAUUUAGUUUCAUCUUACCUUUUGUCGGUCAUGGAUGGCCGUCGGUAAUGUGUGCAGUCGUCGCAAGAUUCGUAGUAAAUAUGUCAUUGAGCACUUGUAUGCAAUGGUCGGCCGAGAUUUUGCCUGCUCCUAUCCGAGGGUCAGGCACAUCCAUAAUACACAUAUGUGGAUAUGUCGCUACUGUGAUAUCACCAUUUAUACCGCACUUGGCAGUUUUCAGGUUGUGGUUUCCAAUGUUCGUUGUAGGAUGCACAUCAAUAUUAACGGCGGUUCUUUGUUUUGCAUUACCGGAAACUGCUAAAGUCGAGAUGCCUCAAACGUUUGACGAUGCCGAGAUUCUGAUACGAAAUCAAAGUAUGUGGAAGAUGAAAAAAAAUGUGCGUGAACUCACAGGGCAGGUCCACACAUCGUUCGAAUUAAAUUGA